UCAUUUCGUUAGACAUUUUUGACUUCCUGGUGCGGGCAGCGUUUGUUUUUUUUUCUCUCGUGGAAAUCAUUUUCAUAAUGUACAUAGUUUAACCAUGUGUAUUUAGUUUCUAUUAUGGUUUCCAUAUCUUAAUGCCUAAGUUAAGAAAGAUCUGAAUGCUCCGCGAUCCAGCGCUAGUCGAUCCUGUCUUGAUGCACGCGCUGGAUCUCUCCUCACGCCCGCUGCCGUUUUGCUGCCAUAUCUCCAUGAAUUAGCUCGAUGCAACCGGAAGGAUACCAUAAGAAAUUCAACAUGCACGGUCACGGACAGGCGUACAUCGCGCAGCAUCAGGCGCUGGCCGCCCAUCCGCAGCGUCCCGUCCAUGUGGGCGUCCCGGCCAUGCCCAGCCCCGGCCAGGUCCCCGUCGCCCCAUUCGGCCAGGCCCAGCUGAUCGGCCUGCCGCCCCCCGGCAAUCAGCCCUUCCUCUUCCCCACUCCCAUGCAUUCGCAGUUCGUUCAGGCUGGACAGCUGCCCCAGGUCCCUGGCAACGUGCUGCUGACGGAGCAGCCCGUUCUCUUCUGCAUUCCUAUGAUCUUCAAUACUCGCGAGAUGACUUGGAGCUGUCAGUCGGGAUUCUACGUUCAUCCAAAUACUUCAACAUUCGUCGCUGGCUACCACAUUAUGCAUCAUGGCAUGCAGCUGCCGAACGGAUUUGGCGGUCCUAACCCGAAUAUUGCUCACUCGCAGCCACAGACGGGAUCUCCGAGCGGAUCUAAUUAUACCGACAGCAGCAGUUCUGGUUCGCGAGAUAACUUGGUCGCUCAUGAGCCGCAUGCGCGCUCUCCGGGCAGUCAUGGCGCUGUUCCUCCAGUCAGUGGGGCCAUGGUUAAUGGUGGCAUCAUGUAUGGGUAUCCGCAACAUCAUAUGGGGCAUAUCGGUGUGCAGCAGCAGAAUGUCAGCGGAGCGGGAUUUCAAUCGGGUUUGCCAACUUCUUACGCACAAGGGGGACGUAAUAUUCAAGGAGUGCAAGGAGGCCAGUCUGAUAAUGCAAACAAUGCAAGCCGGAUGCAGGCAGACGGACAGGUCUUGGUGGGUUCGGCGGAAGGGGAUGAGCGUAAACCGGCUGAACAGGGGAAUCGUGAUAUCCAGGACGGAUCGUCGACGGUCCAGUCGCGCUCAAGUUCACUGGGUUCUGCUUUUGAAUCUGAGCAGCCUCAUGAAGGGGAUGGUGAUGCUGCGGAUGGUGGUCACAAAAUGGAUGGUCAUGAGGGCGGUGAUUAUUCUCGCUCAUCGUCGUCGGAUGACGCAGAACUGCCAGUUGGGGGCGAUGACCACACAGUAGAGGAGCUGGAAGCCAUUUCUCGCGGACAAUCAGGAAUGAAAUCAGCGGUGUCGGAACAGGCCGAACCGAAGUCCGUUGCGUCGCAAGUGUAUCAGCGCAGCGGACAAAAUAGUCCAGCUGUGGAAGUGAUGGGACGCAGUGGAUCGGCGGUAGAGGGGGCUCUGCUGCACGAUGCGGACAAGGAUCUCUCGCGUACAUCUUCAAUGAGUUCGCAGACGAAAACAUUCACCGCGGAAGGCAAUGGAGGAGAUGCGGCACGCGGUAGUGACUCUCCUUUUGUGGACCAAGCUCGUCUGUCUAGUCACACUCCCGAUCGGGCUACGGGAAAAGAAUCUGACCAGAAUAUUUCACCAAGUGCGAUUCAGCAAGAUGGGGUUCCUGCUGCAGUUGCGGAUGCACCCCAAUCGUCAACUCCCAAAUCCUGGGCGGAUUUGGCUGCACGCAACGUGUCGAAGCCGGCGGCCGCGGCUGGUAAUAAGGCUUCAGCGCGUCCUACCAUUACUCCGCGAUCUGAAUCAGCUAGCGAGCGCAAAUUGCUGGAUAAGACCGUUGUGGUUAAACAGCCGGAGAAGGUGAUGCCGGUUAUGAUUCAGGCCCCGAGUCGUCCGGGUAUGACUUACGGUGGUAGCCAGUAUCGUCCGACAAACUCGGGUGGUGGUUAUAUGAACAACGGAGCAUCGCGCUCAUUCUAUCAGCAACGCCAGCCUGGUACGCCUCGCGAUUACGAAUUUCCUCGGCUGGCUCGUGAGGAUGCUGAAAAGUUCCCGAAGAUCAGCAGAUCUACAUGCAAAACCUACCUCGUCAGGUGUCCACUACAAUGAUUGCCGAAACCAUGCGACGCUUUGGGGAAGUUGAGGAUGUUCGUCUGCGUUACCAUUAUAACACCCAGGAUAUGCGAUUUUGCUUUGUCCUGUUCAAAUCCCGUGAACCCGUGGAACAGUUGUUGAGCAUGCAAGAAAUCCAGCUUGGAGAUCAUACUGCCAAAAUUCAGCGAAAGCCGCAGACUACCAACACCAAUACGACUCGAUACUAUCACCAACAGCAGCCUCAGGAUUAUAACAAGCGAGAGUGAGGAAGGGCGCGAACAGUCAAUAACGGCACCAAAAAAGUAGUAAUUUGCCUUAAGAUAUUUUCUUGCUAAAGUUGAGCUGAAUUAUGCUACGUCUGAUUCUGAUAAUGUUUUUUUUGUAUUCUUCUUUUUAGCAAUUUCGUAUUGGUUAUUUUCGUUUUGCUUUUAAUACUUCUAUUUGAUGAGCGCUUUGCGUCUAACUUUCUCAGCCUGUUUACUUGAAAAAGUUCUAACGAAUUCUUUCAAAAGAGUUUAACGCUGUGGUACCGGACGAGUGAGCUGCAACAGGUUUCCCGUGGCUGAGCAAAUGCCACAAUAUUAUUGACGGAUAUUUAAUGGAACGACCGCUGACCGUUGAUGAGAGUUGUCUUUCCCGCUGAAAUAGAUUUUGUUCCUUUUUUUGGCUCUCGACCGCAUUGAGCUAGCUAUUCCGUCAUCGACUGUGCUCUUAUAUAUUUUAGUUUAGUUUCUUGGGGUUUUCUGGUAUUAGCGGGAAUUUGCUGGAAGUUUACUGUGAGAGAAUGAAAUCUCGUCUUUUUUACUUGGAAUGUUGAUUUGACAUCUGCUGUUUGAAAGCUCUUCCGAAUUUUGUGACUGUUUUGACUCCCUUCCUUCUUUCUCCAUCAUUUUCUGUGCUUGGUUAUUAUUAUUUCCUGCAAUAAAAUUGA